AUGGAUGAACUAUUAGGAGCUAUAUAGCAAAGAAAAGCAAAAAUAAAUGAGAUUUAAGAAGCAAUUUAUUAGAUUAAAGGUAAUUAGUAGUAAGAGAGAUUGACUGUAUACUCAAUGGUUAGAAAGUUAAAAGAAGAGGAGAAAAUACGAGCAGAGAAAGAAAAUUGGAUCAUAGGAGUGAUACGAAAUACAAAAUAAUACAAUGAAGAACAAAUGUGGUAAAUUUAAAUAUCAUAAUUAGUCAUAUCUAUGUAAAGACAAACGAAAUGAUGAAAGCAAUAAGCAAUCAAUUUUUAGAAAUCCCAUAUACACCUACAUCUAAUUUGUACUAAUAUUUGGAAAAUUAUUACAUACUUCAUUCAAGUUUCUAGAAACAUUUGAAUCAAGAUAAUCAAUUAAAAGUACAAUUUAAACAAGCAGUCAGAGCUGGAAAUAUAUCAUUAGUGACUGAUCUAAUUAAGUCACUUUUAGGAACCUCUCGUAAAUAAUACAGAGAUUUUGUUGAUGAAUUAAGUAAUUAAGUUAAAAAAGAACCAUCUCCAUAAAAACUUAGAAUAGAAAAUCAACGUAUACGUUCAUCAACAUAAAAGAUUGAAGAAGUCAAAUUAGUUGAAAAACCUCUUACAACCAUGAUUAAUAAGGUUGAUAGAAUAAAACGAAAACAAAUUACUAUUUCUAAAAUACAAAGGUAAUUAUCUAUAAUUAAAACAGUUCAUGUGACUUAUCUCCAACUACUGAAACUCCUACAUUAUAUCUCAAAAACAAAUUCAAAGAAGUUGAAAAAACUCCAUUCACCUCCAUGUUUGCUAAUAUUUUCACUGUUAUAGAGGAUCUAGAUGAAUAAAAUAUUUAACUAUGUGAUUAUUAAACAGUCAAAAGAUAAUCUCAAAAUUAUGAAGAAUUUAAAACUAAUUAUGAUGCUCUAUGUGAUAAAAUUAGAUUAAGAAACAAUCUUAUUUAAUAAAGUGUAUUUGAUUAUACUAAUUAUGCUUUAAAAAGGUUAUAUUAAUAUAUAUAUAUUAGAGUCUAAAAUGUUGAAACUGAAUAUCCAAAUUUAAUCAAAGAAAAAUAUACUACUUUAUAAAAUAAUUAAGAUUAUCAUUUCUGCAAUAUUCAAUUAAAACCUAUUUUCGACAAUUUGUGUCCUUGUAUGCAAAAGACAACUUAUUAACCUAAAACUUCACCUAUUAAAAAUAAAGUCAUCAUCAGAAAAUCUGUCUUAUAGAUUAAAAAGUAGGUAAAUAAUGUAUAUAAGUAGUCUGAUUAAUAAUCUAAAAAAGAAUAAAUUGAUAUAAGUAAACAUAAUAAUAGUCCUAAUAACAAUGGGAAAUCUAAAUAAUAAAUGCCGCAAAUCAAGUUAUACAAAGAUACUAAAUUUAUUUAGCCUCAUCCAAGAGCAUUAUCAGCAAAUGCUCAACAAUAACCAGUCAAAUAUUUGACAUGCUCAAGUUUUAUUGAGAAUCCUAUUGCUAUCAAAACUAAUCUCUUAGUUCGAAGCACUUAUGAAUGA